AUGGCCACAGUGCCGCCUGGGCCUAGUAGCGCACUGCCUGUAUCCCCGGCUGAAAUUCCUCCUUUCCCCGGGUGUGGGAGCGUGGAGCCGUCGGGGGAAGACGGGGGACCAGACUGCCACGAGGAGGACGGUGUACCUGCCACCCCGCAGCCCCCGCCAGUGGCGGAGCUGGCCCGACUAGACCUGAGCAGCUCCCACGGCCGAGCGGAAGAGGAGAGCCAUGGCAUCCGAUAUGUUCGCUACGAGUCUGAGCUGCAGAUGCCAUGGAUCAUGAGACUGAUCACCAAGGACUUGUCUGAGCCUUAUUCAAUUUAUACAUACAGGUACUUCAUCCACAACUGGCCGCAGCUUUGCUUUCUGGCCAUGGUGGAACAAGAGUGUGUCGGAGCCAUUGUAUGUAAGCUUGACAUGCACAAGAAGAUGUUUCGUCGUGGCUACAUCGCCAUGCUGGCUGUAGACUCAAAACACAGAAGGAAGAGCAUUGGUACUAAUCUGGUGAAAAAGGCCAUAUAUGCCAUGGUGGAGGGUGACUGUGAUGAGGUUGUAUUGGAGACUGAGAUCACCAACAAAUCAGCGCUGAAGCUGUAUGAGAACUUGGGUUUUGUCAGAGACAAGCGGCUGUUCAGAUACUACCUAAAUGGAGUGGACGCGCUGCGGCUCAAACUUUGGCUCCGCUAGAGGAAAGAAGAGGGGACGGGGGAGGGCGGGAAAGCGGGUGCUGUUUUUCUUGAACACUGUCAGCUGGACAGCCACAGCUCUGCCCUGGUCAUUUCACUCUUACAUACACACAGUACACAGAUAUUCACAUAAAGAGUAUGCACAUAGGUAUGCAUAGAAAUGAAAACACACCUUUUUGUCCUUGACCUCUGAACAACUGUUGUUUAGGCAGAAACGGACUGAAAUCCCACGUGAUGUUUUCAUGAAGGGGCCCCUGAUACUUUCUGUGAUGGGGAAGGGGCAAGUGAGGGUGGUCUCUGGGAUGACCUUGACUCGGGACUAGACGACUUUUUGACCAUCAAGCUCUGAUGCUGCAUCACCCGGGACGUGAGGUGUGAGGCAGCUCAGGUGAGGACGUGCGUCCAAAGCCAAGAGGACACAGCACCACACCAAAUCCUCCUGCAGAACAAAACGAGAGUAAGGCAACACCACCCAAAACAAAGAAGAGGAGCGGUAAAAUGAGACUGAGCAGAAAAUAUUUGUGGAGUUUAUUUUUCUUUUUUAACCUUGACAGUUGGACAAUGGAUGGAAAAAGCUAAAAGCUAUAGUAUGACUGCGUUUGUACAGC